UGGUCCUCAGUGGCAAACUGGAGUCUGCCUGGGGUAACCGUGCUGAGCUGUACUCGGCUGACUGCACCCUCCCCUGAGGCUUAAGCCCCCUCCUGCGCCAAAGUUUCUGUGAAUCAGCCCUAACUGACCACUGCACUCAUUUGCCAUCAUGUCUUUUGCCUUAAACGGACCAUCAGAGCUGCUUUUCUAUGUGAAUGGUAGAAAGGUAAGAGAGAAGAAUGCAGACCCUGAAACAAUGUUGUUGUCAUAUUUGAGGAAGAAACUUCGUUUGACAGGGACAAAAUAUGGCUGUGGAGGAGGUGGCUGUGGAGCUUGCACAGUGAUGAUAUCAAGAUAUGACCCAGGGACUAAGAAGAUAAGACACUAUUCAGCCAAUGCCUGUCUGCUUUCCAUAUGCUCUCUGUAUGGGACUGCUGUCACCACAGUAGAAGGUAUAGGAAACACCAAAACCAGGAUUCAUCCAGUGCAGGAAAGAAUUGCCAAAUGCCAUGGGACUCAGUGUGGAUUCUGUAGCCCUGGAAUGGUGAUGUCUUUGUACUCUCUUUUGAGAAACAUUCCGAAACCCUCCAUGGAUCAGUUAAUGGAAGCUCUUGGAGGUAACUUGUGCCGUUGCACUGGAUAUCGGCCCAUAGUAGAUGCUUGCAAGACUUUUUGUAAUGCUACUGAUUGUUGUCAGAGUAAGGAAAAUGGCUUCUGUUGCUUUGAUCAAAAAGAAAGUGAAUUGCUGGAUUCUGAGCAAGAAAAUAUGACAUGUGAAAAACUAUUUCAAGAAGAGGAGUUUCUGCCAUUGGAUCCAACCCAAGAAUUUAUUUUUCCUCCUGAACUAAUGUUGAUGGCUGAGAAACAAACUAAAACUACAAGGAUUUUCUAUGGAGAGCGAAUAACUUGGAUUUCUCCUGUAACACUAAGAGACCUUCUGGAAGUGAAAGCCAAAUAUCCAGAUGCACCAAUUGUUAUGGGAAACACCACUGUGGGACCUGAUAUGAAAUUCAAAGGAAUUUUUCACUCAGUUAUCAUUUCUCCUGAUGGAAUUGCAGAACUUAAUGCUGUAAAUUACAAAGACAAUGGGCUGACAAUAGGUGCUGGUUGUAGCCUAGCUCAACUGAAAGAUAUCCUGACUGAUAUGAUCUUGGAGCUUCCAGUAGAGAAGACUCAAACAUACCGGGCUCUCUUAAAGCAUCUGAGAACUCUGGCAGGGUCACAGAUCAGGAAUGUGGCAUCUUUAGGAGGCAAUAUCAUCAGUAGACAUUCAACAUCAGAUCUGAAUCCCCUUCUGGCUGUGGGUAACUGUACUCUUAAUCUGGCUUCAAAAGAUGGAAAGCGACAAAUCCCUUUAAAUGACCAAUUUCUUAUGAGGGCACGGAGUGCAGAUCUCAAGCCAGAAGAAAUCUUGGUCUCAGUGAACAUCCCCUAUUCUAGGAAGUGGGAAUUUGUCUCAGCCUUUCGACAAGCUCCACGUCAGCAAAAUGCCCUGGCAAUUGUUAAUUCUGGAAUGAGAGUUCUUUUUGAAGAAGGCACAAACAUCAUUAAAGACAUCUGCAUUUUCUAUGGAGGUAUUGGUACCACCACUGUCUGUGCUAAGAAAAUUUGCCAGAAGCUCAUAGGAAGAGCAUGGAAUGAAGAGAUGCUGGGAGAAGCUUGCAAGUUGGUUCUAGGUGAAGUUUUGCUCCCUGGCUCAGCUCCAGGUGGAAUGGUGGAAUACAAGAGAUCUCUCAUUGUUAGUUUUCUUUUCAAAUUCUACAUAGAAGUGUUGCAAAAUCUAAAGAUGAUGAACCCUUCCCUCUGCCCUUGGUUACCAGAUGAGUAUGGCAGUGUUUUAGAAGAUUUCCAUUCCAAACAUUAUGAGACUGUUUUAAAGUACCAGAAGGUAGAUACAAAACAGUUUCUUCAAGAUCCAAUUGGGCGUCCCAUCAUGCACCUCUCUGGUAUUAACCAUGCAACAGGUGAAGCCAUUUACUGUGAUGACAUACCAGCACAUGACCAGGAACUUUUCUUGGCCUUUGUAACAAGUUCAAGAGCUCAUGCCAAGAUUGUAUCUAUUGAUACAUCAGAAGCCCUAAAACUACCAGGAGUAAUUGAUGUCCUGACAGGUAAAGAUCUUCAAGAUGUAAACUCCUUCAAGAGUUUUCUUGAAAAUGAGAAAAUAUUGGCAACUGAUGAGGUCCUUGGUGUUGGCCAGAUUGUGGGUGCCGUGAUUGCUGAUUCAGAUAUUAAAGCAAAGCAAGCAGCUCAUCUGGUGAAAAUUGAGUAUAGUGAUUUGAAACCUGUGAUCCUUACUAUUGAGGAAGCUAUACAGCACAAGUCUUUCUAUGAGCCAGAAAGAAAAAUAGAAUAUGGAGAUGUUGAUGAAGCAUUUAAAGCUGUUGACCAAAUCCUUGAAGGUGAAAUUCACAUUGGAGGCCAAGAACAUUUUUACAUGGAAACUCAAAGCAUGCUGGUUGUUCCAUAUGGAGAGGACAAAGAAAUGGAUAUCUAUGUGUCGACACAAUUUCCCAGGUUAGCCCAGGACAUAGUAGCCUCCGUAUUAAAGGUUCCAUCUAACAAGAUCAUGUGUCAUGUCAAGAGAGUCGGUGGAGCUUUUGGUGGAAAAGCAUCAAAAACUGGUUUCUUAGCAGCUAUCAUAGCAUUGGCAGCAAACAAAACUGGCCGUCCAGUCCGCUGUAUUCUGGAACGUGGAGAAGAUAUAUUAAUAACUGGAGGCCGUCAUCCUUAUCUUGGAAAGUACAAAGUGGGAUUCAUGAAUGAUGGUAGAAUCAUGGCCCUGGAUAUUGUACAUUAUGCAAAUAGUGGCUUCACGUUGGAUGUCUCUCUAUUUGUAAUAGAGAUGGGUCUCCUAAAAUUGGACAAUGCUUACAAGAUCCCAAAUCUACGCUGUCGAGCCCUUGCUUGCAAAACGAAUCUACCUUCCAACACUGCUUUCCGUGGAUUUGGCUAUCCCCAAGCAGGGCUGAUUACGGAAUCAUGCAUCAUGAAAGUUGCGGCUCAAAGUGGCUUACCACCAGAGAAAGUGAGAACGAUAAACAUGUACAAAGAAAUGGAUGAAACACACUAUAAACAGGAGAUUAAUGCAAAAAACCUAAUAAAAUGUUGGAAUGAAUGCAUGGAGAUAUCCUCAUACUAUGCAAGGAAAGCAAUGAUAGAAGAUUUCAAUAAGAAGAAUUACUGGAAAAAGAAAGGAAUUGCACUUAUUCCAAUGAAAUUUCCUAUUGGUGUUGGUUCACUUGCUGCUGGUCAGGCAGCUGCUCUAGUUCAUGUCUAUCUCGAUGGAUCUGUGCUAGUGACUCAUGGUGGCAUUGAAAUGGGGCAGGGAGUUCAUACCAAAAUGAUUCAGGUUGUCAGUCGUGAGUUAGGAAUGCCAAUGGACAAUAUUCACUUGCGUGGAACGAGUACUGAAACGGUCCCUAAUGCAAAUCCCUCAGUAGGAUCUGUGGUUGCAGAUCUCAAUGGAAUGGCAGUGAAGGAUGCUUGUCAAAUUCUUCUAAAACGUCUGGAACCUAUCAUUAGCAAAAAUCCUCAUGGCACAUGGAAGGAAUGGGCACAAGAAGCUUUUAAUCAAAGCAUUAGUCUUUCAGCAACUGGAUAUUUCAGAGGCUAUGAGUCUGAUAUGGACUGGGGAAAAGGUGAAGGUCACCCAUUUACCUACUUUGUGUAUGGAGCUGCCUGUUCAGAAGUUGAAGUCGACUGCUUGACAGGAGAUCAUAAGAACAUAAGAACAGACAUUGUCAUGGAUGUUGGUCAUAGUAUCAAUCCAGCUCUUGAUAUAGGGCAGGUUGAAGGUGCAUUUAUUCAAGGUGUGGGUCUUUAUACAUUAGAGGAACUGAAAUAUUCACCUGAAGGAAUUCUCUAUACUCGUGGGCCAGAACAAUAUAAAAUUCCUUCUUUCUGUGAUGUUCCUACUGAGUUCAAUGUUUCCUUUUUGCCUCCUUCUGAAGUUGCACACACUCUGUACUCAUCAAAGGGUCUGGGCGAGUCUGCAUUAUUCCUGGGAUCCUCUGUGUUUUUUGCUCUACAUGAUGCAAUCCGGGCAGCAAGACAAGAAAGAGGAUUUUCUGGAGUCUUCACACUGAAUAGUCCAUUGACCCCUGAGAAGAUUAGAAUGGCCUGUGAAGAUAAAUUUACAAAAAUGAUUCCAAAGGAUGAACCUGGAUCUUAUGUUCCUUGGGACAUUUGCAUAUGAAUAAACAACCAACAUGGGGAGAAAAUAUAAAUAUAAUGGGGAGAAAUUUUUAUUAUACUUGGUAAUGGGGAAUCAAUCUCUCAAAUUUCUUUAUAUUUUAUGGAAACAUUUCUAAAAAUACUAAUUUCCACAUAACACUAAGAAUUUGGCAAGUAAAGAAUUUUAUCUGUUUUUAGGUACAUUCACCAAUCACCUGCUGUCUUCUGAUUUUUAUAACUAUCUUUAGUCAGUAAAGACCAAAUGAAAAGCCCAACUUCUAACUUUUUUUAAGAAUUUUUUUUUCUCCCAUUAGAACUGAAUCAUUUUUAUUGCUUCAUAAGUUUUGUGUUUUUGAAGUCAGUUUUCUUAAAGUAGGAUAUGCCAUAUUUUAUAGGGAUUUACCCCAUUCCUGAACUUAGUACAUUUGGUGAUUAAUGAGACUUUUUGAAUAGUUUUUUAAAGAGCUGAAAGCAGAGGUAAAGCGAAUAUAUUUGAUUCCAUUUAUUUCUGACUUACAUUUAAGUGCUAAUAAUGAAUACUCAAUUUUGCUUCUAGGAGAAAAUGUAGCAUUUCAUACUUAAAUGGGAACACUCAUUUACUGCAAGAAAUUAGCCUGUAUCCUAUAAACAUUUGUUCAUUAUCAUCUAAGACUUAAAGCUGUAUGCCUAUUAAAUAUAAGGUGAGGAUAUGUGUUAGAUAAUUAUUAAAAGAGUUUCUAAAUUUAUAUAGUACUUUAAAUUUUGGAAAGUGAUAUAUAUGAACAUACAUACAUAUAUAUGUAAUCUCAUUUUAGCUAUGUAACAUUCCUUCUAAUAGGAUUCUGACAGGUAAACUCCAAGAUAUAUCAAUUGGUAAUUGAUGAUUAAUAAAUACCAUCUAAUAAUGA